CGGACAAAAGAGAGGAAGAAAAAAGAAAUACUAAAAAGCAAGGCGUUGUAUCCACCUGCUCGUUUCUUCUGCUUCUUGGCGUGAAAGGAGCGCGACGCGUCCGCCUUCCGCCGCCUCAAAACAGUUGAUCGAUCGUUUGAUUGACUCUCAAAAUGAGGCGCCGCUUCUUCUGUAGGUUCGUGGCCAGGCGCCCGGUGGUCACGUUUGUGGUUCUGUGCGCGUUGGUGGGCACGGCGUCGCCCGUCACCCACUACUCCAUUCCCGAAGAAAUGGAGGAAGGCUCCGUCGUUGCGCAUUUGGCGUCCGAUUUGGGUUUGGACGUCCGGACGCUGAACACGCGCAACAUGCGCGUGGAUGUGGUCGCAAACAAAAAAUAUCUCGAGAUUAACAAGAACACGGGGGAGCUUUACAUACUGGACAGAAUCGACAGGGAGUUGUUGUGUCCUCUGAAAACGACCACCUCCUGUUUCCUGAAAUUGGACGCAGCGAUCGAAAAUCCAAUCCGCAUGUUUAACAUCGAAGUGGAAAUCACGGACAUUAAUGACAACGCCCCUCAUUUUCGACGCGGCACCAUGCAUUUGGACAUAUCCGAGUCGAGCCCGGUCGGCGAGAGAUUCUCCCUGAAUAAUGCGGUGGACCCCGACGUUGGCGUCAAUUCUGUGCAGAACUACCGCCUGAGCCCCAGCCAACAUUUUAACAUCGAAAUUCAGACGGGCAGAGACGGCUCCAAGUUCGCCGAUUUGAUUUUGACAAAAGCGCUGGACAGGGAGCAGCAGGCCGCGCAUCUCCUCAUCCUCACCGCCGUGGACGGCGGCCUGCCCACGCGCACCGGCACGGCCAGCAUCAUCGUUCGAGUCCUGGACGUCAAUGACAACGCUCCAUCUUUUCAACAAGAUAAAUACUUGGUGGACGUGAUGGAGAAUUCCCCGAUCGGGAGUCUGCUCAUCCAGUUGAAUGCCAGCGAUUUAGAUGAAGGCUCCAACGCGGAAUUGUUUUAUUCUUACAGUUUGUACACGUCCGAAAGAACCCAAAAUGUGUUCAGUUUGAAUCAGGAAACUGGUGAAAUCAGAGUGAAGGAGAUGAUUAAUUAUGAGGACGUCAAAAUGUUUGAAAUGGAAGUGGUUGCAAGUGAUAACGGGCAAAACUCCUUAUCCGGCCAAUGUAAAGUGACCGUUCAGGAGGACAUGAACGACAACCACCCGGAAAUCUCCAUCAAAUCCUUCCAAAGUCCCGUCAGCGAGAACAUCGGCGUGGACUCGGUGAUAGCAGUGGUCAGCGUGAGCGACGAGGACUCGGGCCACAACGGAGUGGUGGACCUUCGCAUCCCGCCAAAUCUGCCUUUCCGACUCAGGGAGUCCUCGGACAACUAUUACCAGCUGGUGGUGUCGGAGCCCUUGGACCGCGAGAAGGUUCCGGAAUACGACAUCACCUUCACGGUGACAGACCGAGGCUCCCCUCCUUUGAGCGACAACGAAACCAUGACUUUACAGCUGCUGGACGUCAACGACAACGUGCCGCGCUUCCCGCAGCCCUUCUACAACAUCCGCGUGCCGGAGAAUAACGCUCCCGGCGCCCUGCUGACGUCCCUGAGCGCCUUCGACCCCGACCUGCACGAGAACCAGUACCUGGUGUACUUCAUCGUGGAGAAGGAGAUCGCCAACACCUCCAUGUCCAUGCUGUUCUCCAUCAACCCGGAGAACGGCAACCUUUACGCGCUCAAGACCUUCGACUACGAGAUGGAGAAGGACUUUCUUUUCCACAUCGAGGCCAGGGACUCGGGCUCUCCUCCGCUCAGCAGCAAGGUGAGCGUCCGCGUGGCGGUGGCCGACCAGAACGACAACGCUCCGGUCAUCGUCUCUCCGUGGCGGGCGCACGGCUCGGCGGUGGAGGAGAAGAUCCCCCGAUCCACGGAGAAAGGCUCUCUGGUGGCCAAGGUGAUCGCCUUGGACGAGGACUCCGUGCACAACUCUCGCAUCACCUACCAGUUCCUGCAGGUGAGCGACGCCUCCCUGUUCAGCCUGGACCAGUACAACGGCGAGAUCCGCACCACCAGGAUGUUCAGUUACAAAGACUGGCGCCACCAGAGACUGGUGGUGGUCGCCAAGGACAACGGGCAGCCCGCCCUCUCCGCCACGGUCACCAUCAAGCUGUCCACGGUGGAAACGGCCGCCAGGGCCUACUCGGACGGCGGCGAGGCGCCUCCGGAAUACGACGUCUUCUCCGACCUCAACGUGUACUUGGUCAUCGGUCUGGGCUCGGUGUCCUUCCUGCUGCUCAUCACCGUCUCGGUCUGCGUGGUGCUCAAGUGUCAGAAGGUCAAGCCCGGCCAGGCGGCCCCUCCCUGCAGGAGCAGCGUGAUCAGCGAGAGGAACUCCACGCUGGCCGAUUCCACCCUGGUGUCCAACGACGCCUACUGGUACAGUCUGUUUCUGGCCGAGACCAGGAAGGGGAAGCUGGUGGUCCGGCAGCCCGUGCCCAAGGGCUCCAGGUACUUCGUGUCCAGCAUUCCCAGGAGCGCCGGCGUGUCCGUCACCAGCGACUCCGCCCCCUCCACCCUGCAGUAUCCCAAAUGAGGGACGUCCACUCUGCAGCUUGGAGGCGUCCGCAACCGGCAGCGCUCGAUCCGCAUGAGGCCAGAACUCCCCCAGCUGCAAAUCGGACCGGUCCUGACGGGAGAGCUCCG